AUGGCCUCGAACGACCUAGCAGUGGAAGUGCACGAUCUAACGUACGCAUUCCCCGGAAGUAAACGCUCAGCAAUCCACGAUCUAUCGCUAAGUGUCGAAUGGAACAAGAAAGUCUUAGUGGUGGGUAACAACGGUGCUGGAAAAUCUACGCUGUUGAAACUACUAAGUGGUAAACAUUUGUGUCUCGGUGGGAACAUAAAAGUUGGAAACAAGAACCCAUUCGCACCAAACAAUGACCAGGAGUCCGUGAUACUGACUACUUACUUAGGCACUGAAUGGGCUAGUAUGGCUAUUGUACACAGGGAUAUAGGAGUCCUGGAACUCUUGGAGAGUAUCGGACUAAGCCACUACAGGGCUCGAGGUGAAGAGCUAGUGAGAAUCUUGGAAGUGGAUAUCAAUUGGAGAAUGUUCAAACUUAGCGAUGGCCAAAAGAGACGUGUACAACUGUGCAUGGGUUUAUUGAAACCCUUCAAAGUUCUGCUAUUAGACGAAGUCACUGUGGACUUGGAUGUCGUGGCACGUGACCGUCUAUUCCAAUUCCUGGAUCGAGAAACGAGAGACAGACAAUGUAGCGUUGUGUAUGCAACGCACAUUUUCGAUGGGCUAGCACCAUGGGCUGAUGAGAUUAUCCAUUUGCAAGAUGGCACCAUCACAAGAACGUUGGAUUACCAACGUGAUAUCCACUUUACAAAGGAAAUAGAGGGCGUCCAAGAGCGAAAGGACAACGGACGACACACCGUGAUACUAGGCUACAUGAAGAGUUUAUACCCGCUUGCACUCCACUGGUUGACCAGAGACCAAGUCGAAGACCAAAAGCUUUGA